CCGGCGAUUGAGCCGUCUCCCGUCAAGACCAAGUUCCCGACGGCGCGUAUCAAGCGUAUUAUGCAGGCAGACGAGGAGGUCGGCAAGGUUGCACAGCAGACGCCCAUCGCCGUGGGCAAGGCGCUGGAGCUAUUCAUGGUGGCACUGGUCACCAAAAGCGCCGACGUGGCGCGCGAGAAGAACUCAAAGCGCGUCUCGGCCCAAAUGCUCAAGCAAGUAGUCGAGUCUGACGACCGCUGGGAUUUUCUGCGCGAGAUUGUGGGCAAAGUUGAAAACGAGGACAAGGCAUCCAAGAGUGGUGGUCGC